UUUAGAUUUAAGAUUAGAUUUAUGACAUUGCACUGCAAACCACUGACAACGACAUCGAAAGCCUCUCUCUCUCUCUCUCUCUCUCUCAGAAGAAGAACGGCGACAACAAGAAGAAGAAGGAAGGAAGGAGGAGGUGAGGAUCUCGAAGCUUGCUUUCAACUAAAAAAAGAGAAGAAAACAGUGUUUGGUGCUUCUGUCCUUUCACUCUCAAACACGCUUCCUCCAUAUUCCUUUUCCAUUCAUUCUAUACCAAGCGUCCUCCCCUCUAUUUCUAUAAAUCUGCUGUUUUCAAGAUUCCUUUCGGUGUUUAAGCUCUUAGUUCAACGUUUCUUUGGAAAAUGCGCGUUUAAGCGGCGGUUAGGGAGUGUGUUUGAGGCUUAAGUUUUGCUGAUAAUGGCGGGAGAUAUCGAAGAAUCGUAUAGCUUCGGCUUACAGGCAGAUUCUCUGCACUCAGGUUCUAUAUCAUUUGGAAGGUUUGAAAAGGAAUCCUUAUCGUGGGAGAGGAGGUCGUCUUUCUCACAUAACAGAUACCUUGAAGAGGUUGCGAAAUGCUCGAAACCAGGUUCAGUUAUCGAGAAGAAAGCUUAUUUUGAAGCUCAUUUCAAAAAGAAAGGUUUACUUCGUCCGAAUUCAUCUGAGUUCCAUAACGAAAAGGAGUAUCAAACCAGUGAGAAUGAUGUCUUGGAGAGCAGGGAAGAAUCCGGGCAUGUAAAUGAAGGUAGACAUUUUGCUCACUUUGAUGAGAGCCCUGAAGGUUCAGAGUAUCAAGGAGAGUAUGAAGUGACAGGAAACGAAACAGAAAAUCCAGAGGUUCCAUUCUCUGUUCCUGAGAUGGAACCUGCUUUGAACAGUGCUGAUAUUUUGGUUGCUGCUGCUGAAGAUGUUAAUGCUGAGGAAACACAACGAACUGAAACUGGGCUUGACAAACUUCUUUCAGUUAAGGAUGAAUCAGAGAUGCAUGGGUUGGACAAUUUUCUCUCAGUUAAUGAUGAACCUGAGAUCAAAGUAAAUCAAACUCUUAAUGAUGAUGCUGUAAAUGCUGAUGAAUCAUCUAAAGCCUUAGUUAAUGACGAACCGGUUAUUGAAGUAAAUCAGGACCUUGAUUGUGACAUUUUCAGUACUGAAAACUCACCAAAAGACAUCGAUCCAUCCCCCAAGACAGGACCCUCUGUGAAAUCAGAAGAAACUCACUUGGAACAUGGGAAGUAUCCUUCUCCAAAGUUGAGGGCUGCAAUGGAAAUGGGAGCUUUGAAGCCCAAAGAGAAGUGUCGGGCCAAUCUUGCUCUAGUCCUGACAGAUAUUUCUGGUGCUGGAGCUAAAGAUCCUGCAAAAAAUCCAAAUAGAAGAGAAAGAGAGAGUACCCUAAGAACAAAUCAAGAAAAGAAUUCAGUAAAAACUGACAUUCCUACUACACCUGCUAUGCAGAAAUCUCCAAUCUUAGAGGAUUCUAGAAGUCAGAAAGCAAAAUUAAUGCAAGACAAUAAAAGUUGCAGUGGUGAAAAAGAUUCAAGGAGAAAGAAAGUUGGUGAAUAUCAACCUUUUCCAACAAAGGCUGAAACGAGAGGACAUCAAGCACCACACAGGCUCAAUCAUACUGUGAAUUCAACAAAGGCAGAUGUCAGGUCAGGUGCUGCAGCUUUCAGUUUCAAAAGCGAUGAACGAGCAGAAAGAAGGAAAGAGUUCUAUACAAAGUUGGAGCAAAAAAUGCAUGCCAAGGAGGCUGAGAUGAAUCAGGUCCAAGCAAGAACACAGGAAAAGACAGAAGCUGAGAUAAAACAAUUCCGGAGAAGCCUAAACUUUAAAGCAACGCCAAUGCCUUCUUUUUAUCAUGCAGCUGUAUCUCCAGGGUCAGAUGGGAAAAAGGCACAAUCAAGUAACAACAAAGUUAAUAAAGCUCGAAAUAAGUAUAGUCCAGGGAGCAGAGCUGCUGGCAGCUCAAAAUCAUGUUUGAAGGAAGGAAAUGACCAAGCCUUGUCUACCUGUGAAUCGGUAAACACAACUGAACCAAUUGAUGCCUCAGAGGCGACCAACUGCCCCACAGGUGAGGACUUGGAAGUCACUGCAGCCUCUCAGGCUCCAUAUGGCAGCCAAAGCUGUUCCCCAGAAGCUACAGCUGGAAAUGAGAUUUCAGGGAGGAAAGAACGAGUAAAGGAAAGGGAUACUAGUGUGCAUAAACAUCAUGUGUCCGAAAGUCAUAAGGUGAUGAAAGGCCGAAAAGUUGAGGGGAAGCAGAAAACGGGUGGGCAGAGAAGUAGCAAAGAGAUUGCCAAGAAGGACAUGAAAGGCAUUGGCAUUGGUAGUGGUUCUCAAAUGAGUAAUCUAGCCGUUGGUGUUGCCUCUUGAACACGGAUUCCCCGUCUCCUGAUAUAUGUUCUCCGCCACCAGGUGGUAGGAGGUGUGUCCAUAACGCAAAUGUGAGAAAUUAGGAUUGAGGUUAGCAUUUUAAUUCCCUUAAUCAUUAUUGCUGUCAUUAUUUAUGUAUGUGUAGCGUAACGUAAAGAUGUAGCUGGAAUAGAUGACAGUGGUGGAAGUGUUUGAGGAAGAGCAUGAUCUUGCCACCAAAUAUGUGGAAGACAACUUAGAGUUUUCAGUUUAUUGCAAUAAUCAUAAGGUAAUAAGAUUUGUAUUUA